GGCAACUCUGCCUGCGCCUCCUGCUUCCUCGUUGGACUCCUGUCUCGACGCGUGGAGCAUCAGGUUUGCCGCCGUGUGGUAGUUUGUCUGCCGAGUCGGUGAAUUCCGCCCUCGAAAUCGAAUUCCCCUCACUCGCAACUCCAGAUCGAGGUACCUUUUGGCCGAAUCGGUUGAUUUGGCUGCCUCUGAUGCUGUUCUCUUUCCUCCUUGGCGUCCAAAGCGAGGCCUUCCUCCAGUCAGCGUUGGAUUCAAAUGAUUAGAGAUUGACGAGUGUUUCGGGGAGGAUUAGUCCCGUGGGUAAGCGGCUGCAGCACAGUCGAAUCGACGAGGAUUAGCGAUCUGUUACAAGUGAUUAUGAUCAUGGGCAUUCAUGAGUUGGGUGAGGGGAAAACGGACGAACGUGGCGGCCGCGAAAUAGUGAGUUUUAGGGCAAAGAAAGCGCUUGUGGGAGCGGGAGCACGGAUUCUUUUCUAUCCUACACUUGUCUACAAUGUCCUUAGGAACAAGAUGCAAGCUGACUUUCGAUGGUGGGAUGAAAUCGAUCAGUUUCUAUUGUUGGGUGCUGUGCCUUUUCCGAACGAUGUUCCUCGGCUGCAGCAGCUUGGAGUUCGAGGAGUCGUUACCCUAAACGAACCAUAUGAGACUUUGGUUCCGUCUAACGUAUAUAAGGUUCAUGGAAUCGAUCACCUGGUGAUUCCUACAAGAGACUACCUUUAUGCUCCUACACCUGUUGAUAUAUGCCGAGCUGUUGAUUUCAUCCAUAUAAAUGCAUCUCACGGGAAAAUUACAUAUGUUCACUGCAAGGCAGGAAGGGGUCGUAGUGCUACCAUUGUCCUUUGCUAUUUGGUCAAAUAUAAGAAUAUGACGCCCAUGGCUGCUCUUGAAUAUGUGCGCUCUAGAAGGCCUCGAGUGCUGUUGGCUCCUUCUCAGUGGCAGGCUGUCGAGGCUUAUAACAAGAACAAGUUGAAAUUUCCUGCAAUCCAAAGCCCAAAAUCUAAACAUCCACACCCUCAAGAUACUGAAACUUCAGACAAGAUUUCCUUAUGCAGUGGUGCUAAAACAAGAACUACCAGUCCCCUCGAAGAAGAGUGUUUCAUUACCGAGGAAGAUCUAGAAGGGUACGAAAGUUUUCCGGAGGCUUAUGAUGACAAUGACACGGCAUCUACUUCUGAAGAAGAAGAAGUUUUGAUAACUGACAAAGAUUUACAAGGGUAUGAAACCUUUGUGGAUGCUUUGGACGAGAACAGCAGUACUUGUCCUAUCGAAGACGAAGUUUUGAUAACUGAGGUGGAUUUAGAAGGGUACGAAACCUUUCUGGAUGCUUGCGACGAGAACAGCAUCUCAUCUAAUCACAUUAACCAAACCUUUCCUAAGGCGAGGAAACUUUCUUGUUUCUGUUCUUCCUUCAGGUGGUUUGACGGUAACCUACCAGUUUCCAGCCGACACCCGCCCAUCCGUCUAGCUAGUUCGUGAUGCACCAUGCCUGCUCGAGCUUACAAUGCAAGAUUGAAGAUUUUUCAGAAGUUGUUUCUCUGAUCUUUGAGUGAUAUAUGUUCUAUGCUAGAGUUAUGUCGAAGUUUGAAGGAGAAGGUUAGCCUUAUUAUUUGUUAAUGGACAAAGACUCGAAUUACAAAGGUCA